AUGUCCCAGGCAGAAGGAGGCGAGGAGACCUUUGAAUACUGCGAUGUGGUCAUCAACAGCCAGGAGAAGGUUUUGGAUGUGUACACGCAACUGGAGAAGCUGGGAGAGGGAAAAUUCGGGCUGGUGUACCGGCUGCAGGAAAAAGCCACUGGCAAAAUCCGGGCUGGGAAAUAUUUCCGGACACGGACAGCUAAAGAGAAGCAAGCGGCACAGGCUGAAGUGGAGCUCAUGAACCUGCUGCAUCACCCGCGCCUCGUGCAGUGCCUUGCCGCCUUCCAGGGCCCUGCCGAGCUGGUGAUGGUGAUGGAGUACGUGGCCGGUGGGGAGCUCUUUGAGCGCAUUGUAGACGACGACUUCGAGCACACGGAGCCCAGCAGCACGCAGUAUGUGCGGCAGAUCCUGGAAGGGCUGCGGUUCAUGCACGGCCAGGCCAUUGUUCACCUUGACCUCAAACCCGAGAACAUCGUCUGCGUCAGCCCCAACAGCCACUGGCUCAAGAUCAUUGACUUCGGCUUGGCACGGAAGCUGGCUCCGGACACCCCUGUGAAGGUGUUGCAUGGCACCCCUGAGUUCAUGGCUCCGGAAGUCGUCGCCUUUGAGCCUGUGAGCUUCUCCACAGACAUGUGGAGUGUUGGUGUCAUCUGCUACAUCCUGCUGAGUGGGGAAUCCCCCUUCCAGGGGAACAACGACAUGGAGACGCUGAGCAACAUCACAGCUGCCCGGUGGGACUUUGAGGAGGAGACCUUCUCGGAGAUCUCCCAGCAAGCCAAGGACUUCAUCAGCCAACUGCUGCAGAAGGACCCCCGCCGCCGACUCCCCAGCGCGGGGGCUCUGCUGCACCCCUGGCUGCAGCAGCCUCAGCCCAGCAGCACGAAGGCGCUGUCGAAGGAGAGGAUGAAGCAGUUCCUGACGCAUCGGAAGUGGCAGAAAACAGGCAAAGCCCUGCUGGCUCUCAACAGGUUGACCUUGCUGUCCCAGAGCCUGGAGAGGAAAGCGUCAGAGACACAGGAUGAGGAAGACCUGAGCUGCAGCCCGGAGGAGGACCAGGCUGCUGGGUCUCUGCCCCAACAAGGUCCCAGCUUCUCGGAGCUGCUGAUGGAACAAGAGGAAGAGGAAGGUGGGACUCCUGCCGCCACAGGGGAGGCAGAGAGCAGCACUGGCAUGGCUGUGCCCCCCCAGCCCUGGACCCCCUAG